GUAAUAUUUCCUGCUCACAUUGUCUUUGAUCUGCUGUGUAUAUAAUAACCUACACAUAUGUCCAGGUUCACUCUUCUGCAGCUGCUGCUUACCUGCCGUGAAACAAACUGACUGGGAGCCAUUUGGACAGCAAAGAUGAAGCUGUUGCUGCUGUUGCUGCUGACCCUAGUAGCUCUAUCCUCAGCUGCACCACAGGACCUGGACAAGAGCAAGGAGCGAAGACAUGCUUCCUUACUGAACAUCGAGAGCAGUCCUGAAAGUGCAGCUGAAGCGUCAGUGGCACAGAAGAACUCACUCGAUUCUUCCUCUAUUGUGUCAGAUGAUGGUACCAUCUUGGAGUGGGUGACCUGGAACAACUCGCUCCCCAACGACGCCGUCUCAAUUUACAACGAUGACGCCCGUCGCACUGAUUAUAUCUGCAAAUACAAGUGUGAAGCCGGCUUUUAUACCCCCAGCUUGGGUCUUUUUUGCAACUAUCCCAAAAACAAAAAAGAACUUCGUGGUUUCCCCUUUGAGGUCCUGGUGAACAAAGACAACUUUGAGACUCUGGAGUGGAAGGACAGUUCCAACGGGUCACCAGUCCAGAAUGCAGUCCGGACCUGCCCAGGAGUGGAGGUCUAUGUAGGCAAGAACAAAUAUGGACUUGGGAAGGUGGUGACUCAAGACAACGUCUUCUACCUGCCUUGGAAGGGUGGUUUAUAUUCUUACAGAAGCUACCAAGUCCUGACCAUCAAUGAGAAUAUAGUCAGCCAGCAGAUCGAGAAAGUCGUGUACAACACUGAUAAAUCUGAAAUCAUCAGCUAUCCUCCAGAGAUCAUACGGGAAACAGCCAUCACCAACUAUGAAUGCACCCCAGUGGUGAAAACAGACAGCCUGUCCAAGACGUAUCAGGUGGAGCAGAGGUGGGACAACACCUACUCUGUCAGGUUUGGUGUUACAACCACUUUCAAAGCAGGCAUCCCAUUCAUCGCCAAAAAAGGCAUUCAGAUCAGCACUGAUUUGACGCUGCAGUUCAACAGGGGAGGCUCAGUGGUGGAAUCCAUCACUGAUACUGUCUCUGUGGAGCUCAGCGCUCCACCAAACCGCACCUGCACUGCAACUAUGAUGCGUUACAAGCACAAACUCAACAUCCCUUAUACAGCACGCUUAAAACGCAAAUAUGGCACCGGGGAGGUCCGUACGGUGAUCAUCACCGGGACGUACAACAGCGUUCAGGUUGGCCAGGUGCAAGCCGAGGUGCACCGAUGCCAACCUGUGACCGACGCCAAGUUGUGCCCCUGAAAGAUGGAUGGAGCCACAAACAAUGAAUUUUCAACCAACAUCUAAAGAAAAUUUGAAAAUGUCUCACAAACUCAAUAUGCAUGUGUUAAAAAUUAAUGGAAAAGUAAUUAUUUGCCCAACCAGACCAUUUUAUCUGCUGUCUUCAUAUGUUUAUUAAAUCUGUUCAAAUAUACAAUCAUAGGAGCAAAAAUGCAAUAAUAGGAAUUGUUUAGAAGGCUGAAAACCACACUAAUACAAUGUAGGGUAAAUUAGGGUAAGAUGCAUCCCAUCAUACUUCCCUUCCUGACAUUUAGAUCGACUCAGUUUGCAUUUCAGUGCUUUUCUCAGAUAAUAGUGACCAAAAUGAACAACAUGAGCUUGUUUUUUGUAAGAAUAUACCUGCAAAAACUUUUCUUUACCUUUAACAAGAGAGUCAUGGGGAGAUUUAUCCAUUAGCUUUCACAAAAAAAAAACUAAUGCCUUUUCUCUAAAAUGUGAAAAUGCAGGGCUUUUGAAGAAAGACAACACCAUAGACAACAAUGAUUUUCAAUACUGUAGCCUCAUUCAUGUUAGAUUUCUGCUAAGUUAUGAACACAAACAUCUAAUACAUUAACAUAAAAGCCAACUAGCAGAGAAUAAUGUGUUAUUAUCUGUCUAACACACCUGGAGUGUACAAGUUGACUGACACAAAACACAGCAUUUUUAAUGAACAAAGAGCCCACAGCUCUUCAAUACUGCAAUGGUUUACAUUUUAUUUGUAUUUUUAAUGACUGUUGGAGUUUGCCUUUUUUUUAAAUGUUUUUUUUUUGUCAAUUCAGUUUGAAAGUAAAUUUAUUUUUUAAUUUUUUCCUACUUGGCUUCAGCUUUGACAAUGGUUAGUACUGGUCAUUAUUCACCACUUUAUUUGAAACACUUCACCUCUGACUGCUAAUCCAAACAACCCAUUGACUCCUUGGCUUAAUGCUUUUUAUUAUUCUUGUGUAUACAGUUUGACAAGUGCUUUAUUUGUUAUUAGCGACUGUCAAAUGGAUUCCAAUAAACAAAACUGAAUUCCAACCAAAA